AUGAUCGACAUCUCCCUUGAUGUGAGACAGGUUUCACGGGACCUGACCUCGAGAUGGCAAAGGUACGGCACAAGGUUUGAGUACAUGUGGCGCUCGUUCAGCCCGGAAGAUCGCACCGAGAUACUAAACGUUGCCAAUCCAACACUGGUAGGACAAGAACUAGAUUUCGCCCCGCACUGGGACAACGAGAACAUGGCCGAGGACCCCAGCGUCCUCGUCAAUAUACUCAGGCAUAGAGCGACCGCGACGCUCCCCGAACAGGCCUUCGAGAGCUCCGUCAACGGCCCGAGCGACCUCGAAGUCAUCAAGGAGUCCCAACAAUACAUCGACUGGGGGCUCCCACGCGGGAAUGCGUAUGUUGCCUUCUGCGAAGGGGAGAAGUACGGCGUCCCGCACAAGGCGGCGGACCAGAAGACGGUGGCAGCCGCCCUGCUGCCGCCCGGCAAGGAACACCUGUGCGUCCCCGUGAUCUACGGGGAUCUGGUCCUCCUGAGGCAGGCAUUCAUCAUUGGGAGAAUCGGCACCGCUUUCAUGCUCGUCUGGGACUGCGACCCGGAGGAGCAACCGGGCCCUUGGAUACCUGCCAACCCGGAAGAAAGCGCUGCGCGCUUGAGGGAGGCCCUGCAGCUGCAAGAGCCGGCGGGCGACGCAGUUGACGACUCCGCUCUUAACAUGGCACGCAGGAACAAGGGGAUCGUGGGCGCCCAGUGGGGUUCCCUCGGCGUGGCAACCAGGGUGCUGAAGGAGAGGGUCAUCCACUAUUUCAGCAGCCUGCCCGAUCAGGUCCUCAACGAAGACCGCGUGACGAACAACACAGUCGUGGACAAAGACCUUAUCACCUGCGUCUACGACGUCGUGAACGAUGUGGCCAGACACCACGCGUUGUGGACGUACCUCGUCGCCGUCAUGCCGGAGGCGGCGGAGGAGGAGGAGGGCGGCCCGGGCCGCGCCGUCAUCCUCCAGGAGAUGGCGCAUGUGUGCCACAUGGGCUUCCAGCGCGCCCAGAGCCUCCUCAAGAGAUUCCUGCAGAAGAGGUUGGAGAUUAAAGAGGGCGAAAAAGCCCUGUUCGUGAAGCGGUGCGGCGAAUACGACGUCGACGGCAACACCCUGGUGACGCUGGCCGUCAGCAUGGACAAGCUGGACAAAGUCAAGCCGCGCAUCGAUCCUUCGAUACGGCACAUCGUACGGCUCUGCCAGCCCGAGACCACGGCCGAAGCAGCUUUCGAGUGGCUCCAGAAGCUGAAAGACGAAUGCGAGAUUGACACGGAGGGAUUGGGGCAACUGAAAGCUUGGGAGGCGGACGCGCUCGCGGACCUGGCCACGAUGCUCACGUUCAUCGAGAAGCUGACGGACGAGGCGGCCCUCCCGCCCGUGAACGGGAAGAAGCGGGUGAAGGGUCUCUUCGUCUCCAAGUGCCAGCAGAUAGACAAAGACCUCUGGGCCCUGAGGGACAAGGUCGACCUCACCCUGUUCGCCGUGCCGCCGGCCAGGUUGGGGAAGCCCGAGGUCGCGGCCGGCGCUCUGGACACCAUCAGCAAUGUCUGCAGGCAGAAGACGGGGUCCAGCCUCGAGGGAAACUACGACAAGGCCGUCAGGGAGAGCGUUUCGGAGCUGAGGAGACGGUGCGCGCAGGCGCAGGCUAAGCAGCAGAAGGGAAAGGCCGCGGCCGCGGCCCCAGCCGGCCCAAGUCUGUUCAUCGACAAGGCGCAGGGAAAACGUGACGAGGAUGAGCAGCAGCAGGAGCGGAAAGAAAAGGUCAAGACCCGGCCUGCGGAGGGGGCGGAGGCGGAGCUAGUUCCGCCGGCUCCGCCCACCCCGCCACCACCGGCGCAGGCCCCCGAGCCGGAGAAGAUCAAAGUCACGGCGGCCACGGCGGACGUGUUUGAGGCGCUGUUCGACCGGACGCUGAACCGGCGGCCGAUCGCUUUCACGGCGCUCGAGUCGGCGAUGGCCGAGCUGGGCUUCACGGUCGACUCGCACGGCGGCGUCGGCUCGUCGACCAAGUUCGUGCCCCCGAAGGGGUCGGGCUGGCGGCCUGUCACGCUCCACCGCCCUCACGGGAACGCGAACAAGCUCGAAGGGUAUCGUCUGUUGACGGCAGCCUCGCGAUUCAGAGAGCAUUUUGGGUGGGAUGCAGAGACGUUUGAGGUCGUCUAG